AUGGCGCAAGGGCUGGAGGUGGCCCUCAUCGACCUCCAAAGCUCCUGGAACAACGUGCAGAACCACACGGAGGAGAUCAGCUCUGACCGCCUCCUUGUUCGCCGGGGCCAGGCCUUCAACAUCACCCUGUACUUCAGGAACCGGGCCUUCCAGCCAGGCCUGGACAACAUCAUCUUCUUGGCUGAGACUGGACCACUGCCAGACCUGGCCAAGGGGACUCAGGCUGUGUUCAGCCUGGCAGGUCAUCGUGGCCCUAGCCCCUGGAUCGCCUCACUGGAGACCACUGGGGCCACCUCCCUGGAGGUGAGCCUGUGCACCCCUCCCAUGGCGGCCGUGGGUCAGUACAUCUUGAAGGUUCACAUCAAAUCUCUACAGGGGCCUGUCAUGGCCUACCAGCUUGGGGAGUUCAUCCUACUCUUCAAUCCCUGGUGCUCAGGAGACACUGUCUACUUGGACAGUGAACCCCAGAGGCAGGAGUAUGUCGUGAAUGAUUACGGCUUCUACCAAGGGAACAAGAACUGGAUCUGUCCCUGCCCCUGGAACUAUGGACAGUUUGAAGAGAAUAUCAUAGACAUCUGCCUGGAGCUGCUAGACAAGAGCCUGAACUUCCAGAUCGACCCAGCCACAGACUACGCCCUGCGGGGCAGCCCCGUCCACGUCAGCAGGGUGGUGUGUGCCAUGAUCAACAGCAACGAUGACCGUGGGGUGCUCAGUGGAGACUGGAGCGAGAAUUACUCAGACGGCAUCAGCCCCGUGGAGUGGACGGGCAGCGUGGCCGUCCUAAAGCAGUGGCAUGCCACAGGCUGCCAGCCAGUGUGCUACGGGCAGUGCUGGGUCUUUGCCGCUGUCAUGUGCACGGUGAUGAGGUGCCUGGGGAUCUCCACCUGAGUAAUCACCAACGUUGACUCUGGCCACGACACAGACGGAAACCUGAUCAUAGAUGAGUAUUAUGACAACACAGGCAGGAUUUUGGAGAGUAAGAAGGAGGACAGUGUCUGGAAUUUCCACGUCUGCAAUGAGUGCUGGAUGGCCCGGAAUGACCUCCCUCCCGGAUACGGAGGCUGGCAGGUGCUGGACACCACACCUCAGGAAUGAGCAACAGGCCUCUACUGAUGCGGCCCUGCCUCCGUCAGAGCCAUCAGAGAAGGAGAGGUGGAUCUGAACCAUGACCCAGCCUUCACCUUCUCCAUGGUAAAUGCUGACUGCAUGGCCUGGCUGGUCGUUGGAGGGAAGGAGCAGAAACUUCACCUGGAUGCCAAUUCUGUUGGCAAUUUUAUCAGCACCAAGAGCAUCCAGAGUGAUGAGCGGGAUGACGUCACGGAAAACUGCGAGUACAGAGAAGGUUCCCUCCAGGAGAGGCAGGUGUUUCUGAAGGCUCUUCAGAAGCUGAAGCCUGGAAGGUCCCAAGGCUCCCUCCAAACAGAAUCACAAACUUCCAGGUUCAUGCUGCCAAGGGACAGUCCUAGGAGCCUUGCUACGCCUUCCCUUCGGCCCAGUGAUGUUGUCCAGGUCUCCCUGAAAUUCCAGCUGCUCGACCCACCCGACAUGGGCCGGGACAUAAGGUUUGUCCUGCUGGCCCUCAACAUGCCGCCCCAGUUCAAGGACCUCAAAGUGAACCUGAGUGCCCAGUCUCUGCUGCAUGAUGGCAGCCCCCUGCCCCCAUUCUGGCAGGACACAGCCUUCACCACACUCUCUCCUGAAGAAGCAAAGACCUAUCCCUGCAAAAUCCCCUAUUCCCAGUACGGCCAGUACCUGUCUACAGACAAGCUGAUCCGCAUCAGUGCCCUGGGUGAAGAGAAGAGCAGUCCCGAGAAGACCAUGGUGAACAAGAUCACCACCUUAGCCUAUCCCAGCAUCAUGAUUAAUGCUUUAGGAGCAGCCAUUGUGAACCGGCCACUCUCCAUACAGGUGAUAUUUUCAAACCCCCUCUCGGAGCAGGUUGAAGAUUGUGCACUGACUGUGGAAGGAAGUGGUCUCUUUAGGAGACAGCAGAGAGCCCUCAUUGGAGUCCUCAAACCCCAUCACAGAGCCAGCCUCACUCUGGAGACUGUCCCCUUCAAGAGUGGCCAAAGGCAGAUCCAAGCAAAUCUGAGGAGCAACAGGUUUAAAGACAUCAAGGGUUACAGGAACGUCUAUGUAGACUUUGGGUUAUAA